UGCACUUAAAAAUAUAUGAGCGAGAGUGUGUAUGAUAUACAUACAUCCAAAGGAUAGUGGAGCACAUUCUGGAUAGAGCUCGGAUAAAUGUCCAGUUUUGGUGUUCAAAGGGAUACAAAUUUGGGCUUAAAACUUGGCCCAAUGUUAAUUAGCACGCAAGAAAACCCCUCCCGCGGGCAGUAACCAAUCACCAUUCACCGCACCGACGCCCCAAGGCUAAAAAAGUCAAUAAUAGAACACAUUAACCACGUCCAGUUCUCCCUCCCCUCAGGUUGACCCCAGUGAGGUGGCAGCCCACCAUUGGCCUCACUCGACUAACUUCAAAAGCGCGUACCAUUGUUUAAAGCACCGUUAAAUCCUCCAACGCCACCACCACCACCACCUUCGAUUCACAUCACUCCCAUCUCUCAUUUUCCUCAGACCAGACAAGAUCAAACAAUAAUGGCAUCCGAGACCGACAAUCCCAGAUCCGGAUCCACAACCAACGGCGAAGCCGUUCUACAGCGCAAAGUAGCACUGAUUACUGGGAUUACCGGGCAGGACGGUUCGUACCUGACGGAGUUUUUGCUGGACAAGGGGUACGAGGUGCACGGGCUGAUCCGGCGGUCCUCCAACUUCAACACCCAGCGCAUCAACCACAUCUACAUCGACCCACACAACGCGCAUAAGGCCCGCAUGAAGCUCCACUACGCUGACCUCACCGACGCGUCCUCGCUCCGCCGAUGGCUCGACACGAUCCGCCCCGACGAGGUCUACAACCUCGCCGCCCAGUCCCACGUGGCUGUCUCCUUCGAGAUCCCCGACUACACGGCCGACGUUGUGGCGACUGGGGCCCUCCGCCUCCUCGAGGCCGUCCGGUCGCAUAUCGCCGCCACUGAUCGGACCCACAUCAAGUACUACCAGGCCGGGUCGUCUGAGAUGUUCGGGUCGACGCCGCCUCCCCAGUCGGAAACGACGCCGUUCCAUCCCCGGUCCCCUUACGCCGCCUCCAAGUGCGCGGCUCAUUGGUACACCGUGAACUACCGCGAGGCCUACGGGCUGUACGCGUGCAAUGGGAUACUAUUCAACCACGAGUCGCCCAGGCGGGGCGAGAAUUUUGUGACCCGGAAGAUCACGCGGGCCGUAGGUCGGAUCAAGAUCGGGCUUCAGAGCAAGCUCUUCCUGGGGAAUUUGCAGGCCUCGAGGGACUGGGGUUUCGCUGGGGACUACGUGGAGGCGAUGUGGAUGAUGCUGCAGCAGGACGCGCCGGACGACUACGUGGUGGCCACGGAGGAUUCGCACACGGUGGAGGAGUUCCUGGAGGUGGCGUUCGGGUAUGUGGGGCUUAGCUGGAGGGACCACGUGGUGAUAGACAAGCGCUACUUCAGACCCGCCGAGGUUGACAAUCUGAAAGGGGACGCCGGCAAGGCCAAGAAGGUGCUUGGUUGGAAGCCCAAGGUGGGGUUCGAGCAGUUGGUGAAGAUGAUGGUGGACGAGGACGUUGAGUUGGCCAAGAGGGAGAAGGUGCUCGUGGAUGCAGGGUACAUGGAUGCCCAGCAACAGCCCUAAUCAUGGGGCUAUCAUUUUUUGGUUCAGAUCUCAAUCUACUGGGCUUUUGGGUUAUAAUGUGCUUUUUUCAAAGAGCUCAAUAGUAUUUGAUUCCGUAAUUUAUGUGGUUAUGGUGUUUUAAGCUAUUAUUAAUUUGUUAAGUUAUGCAUUGUUUGAUUUUCUGUAAGCACCCAUUGAUUUGAUUCUAUCAAAAUCCAUACUUGUUCCUCUGGUA